AUGGCCCUCCCAACGCCCAGCACCGACCCCGUGGUCCUCCUCACCCAAGAACAACACGAAGCCUACCUCUUCCACCACUUCAACGCCGACACCGCCUGGACCCUCGGCACCACCCUGCGCACCAAACUCCUCUCCCUCCCCGCCUCACAGCGUAGACCCGCCGUGAUCUCCAUCACCUCAGCCACAGCCGCCAACCCGCCGCAUAUUCUCUUCCAAUGCGCCACUGAGCCCGGCACACUGCCUGAUAACGAGCACUGGGUGCGGCGGAAACGGAACACGGUGCUUAGGUGGGGGGUGUCGAGUUGGACGAUGCGGCAGAAGAUCACUGCGGGGCUGGCUGCGAAGGCUGGUCGCGAUGGUGUGGUGACGGCGGAUGAGGUGGAAGAGGCGCUUGUGCGGAAAUUUGGGCUGGCGAGUGGGAGUGGGGGUGCUGUUGCGGAUGAGUAUGCGAUUCAUGGCGGGGGGUAUCCGGUACGGGUGCGCGGGGUGGAGGGGGUUGUUGCGGUCGUAGUGGUUAGUGGGUUGAAGCAGGAGGAUGAUCAUGCUGUGGUGGUGGAGGGGAUUCGGGAGGUUGUUGCUUCUCAGGGGCAGUAA